AAUAGUGAAGGAAUUUCCAGGGAGUGGCAAAAGUGCUGGGAAAUCCCAUUUGCAGUAUUUAAAAGCAAGAGAGCAAAAUUAUGGCAGUGUUACAAUGAAGUCCACACUACACACUUUCCCUGCUCUUCUGGUUCUGGGAAUCUGUAUCCAUUUCACAGUUCAGAGGGCAGAGAGUCAGUAUGUUCCGAACCGCUGCGUCUGUCUAAAGUCCAGCAAUGGAAUCUGGGGACCAUUUUCAGAUUUUACGGUCACCUUAAAAAGACCUGGCUGUAUGAGAGAUGAGAUCAUAGUGAUUCUGAAGAAAGACAACCGAAAAGUGUGUCUAAGUCCUCAUGGACGUCAAGGCAAAAGACUGUUGAAAUGCUGGCACAGAAAAGUGGCAGAGGGUAAAAAUGGGAAGACAUGCAUGGGAAGACUCAGACCACGGCGUCAGAAGAACCAGCGUGCCAAAUCAAAGACAGUCAAAAGAUAAACAGUGCCACACCAGGACCUUCGACAGAUUCAGCAGUUUGUACAAGCUAUUUGUAGCAGUGUGGCUGUUGACAGAGUGUAUAUGAAGGGCUGGCCCCAUUCAUAACUAGGUUACCAUGUAGCAGCACUCCUAAGAUUUACUCCUAUGCAUUGGAUCACUGUCUUUGCUGCAUAAUCCAGUGAAAAGGUCGUGUUUCAUUAUCAGUUUUAGUAGGAUUUAUGAAAGCAGUCAAACAUAUUUUGCACAUUGUUUAUACUUUUU